AUGUGUUUCUACACUACAUUAAUUGUCACCAUCAACAUUGUCGCUCAAUCCGACUCCAAUCUAUUACCGCCAGGGUUCGACGUCAACAGCCUCACUCCCGACCAAAUACACGAUCGUUCAUAUGGCUCGAAACUGGUCCUUGUCGUGGAACAAUGUCAGAUCAUGACCGUCUGGUGUGAAAAGCUAUGUCUGUUAUUGCUCUACCGUCGCCUCACCGUCGGCAGAUGGGAAAGAAUCGCGAUCACAGCGCUCUUCUUCUACGUUUGCAUCAGCUGGGUCAUCAUGGAAAUCCUCUACUUUGGUGUCUGGUGCAGGCCUUUCAACAUGUAUUGGGCUGUUCCUUCGACCACGCAAUGCACGGCUGCAACGAAUCAUCUCAUCACCAAUGCAGUCUUCAACAUCAGCUCCGAUGCUAUGAUAUUGGCUGUUGCUCUGCCUAUGUUUAUCAAGACACGACUGCCUCUGAGAAAGAAGAUUGCUAUUGUUGGUAUUUUCUCGCUGGGAACCUUUGUCAUCAUCUGCGCGAUUUUGAACAAGGUAUACAGUUUCAACCAACCAUUCGGUCUAGAAUGGACAUUUUGGUAUGUCCGCGAAUCCAGCACAGCACUCCUCACAGCAAAUGCCGCCUUCGUCUGGGCUCUUCUCCGCCGAAUCUUUAAACUCCGCUCUUUGGGCUCUUUCUCCGGCAAAAACACAUACACGCCGUAUAAUGGAUACACACCCACCUACACAACAACACAUACACGCGUCGAAACGCUCGUCCGCAAAAAGACACCCCGCCACGAUGAAAUCGACUUGGACCUACUCAUGCCGGACCCAGAUGACUUCGAGGGCAUCCAUCGCCAUACGGAAAUUUGCGUAUCCGAGGAUACUAUGAGCUUGAAACGCGAAAACAACUCCAUGACAGGGGAAGAANCCGCAUGGGCAGAGGCAUGGGCUGUAAGGGCGCCAGCAGAACCCAAACCAGGAAGUAGCAGUAGUAGAGACGGUGGCAGCGAUUGUGGACGCAGUAUGGCCAACUCGACGACGGAGAUUGUGUCUUCUUCACCGCUGAGGAAGCCUUCGAAAGCGUUGUUACGGCAGAGUCAGAAUGAUUCGCCUGUUUGA